AUAACCUUCUCUUUUCCUCCUCUUUCUUCUUCAUCAUUAUUCUUUGCAAGCCACACCUUGAACAGGCGCAUACAAAAUUUGGACAAAGUAAAAGCUGGGGAGGAGUUUGGUAACUCGCCUCCUCUAUACGUGCGGAUACGCUACCGGUAUUCCAUCUUCUAGACCAUUACACUAUUCAUUACGGACAACUACAGCAUUCAUUGAGCAUUUUGUCAUCGACGUCAGAUCCAUGUCCGUUUUCCCCACGACCUCUUCACCGUUUGGCCUCCUGGAACCCAUUCAUGCCUAUAUUUUAUCCAAUACGGAGCAGUUGACUUGGUCAAAUUGGUGGAAGCUACUUGUUAUUCCCUUCAUACCACUGUAUCUGCAGGCUCUUUUGCUCCGAAGAGAGCAUACGCGAAAGGAAAGGGUGGCCCUGGCAGCUUUAGGAUUGGGAUUGCUGUGGCAUGCGGGGCUCAGGUAUCGAUUCUUACAGCCUUGGUUUAAUGCCUUCAACAAUGGCCUCGGUAUAGGCUACAUGACAAUAUCCGUGCGAUAUUUGGAAUUCGCUUUCAUUGAAGCAAGGCUUGUUGACGAAUACUGGGAGAGCAGAGGAAGGCAUUGGUCAGUUGCGGCCUUUGACGUCUGCAUAAAUGCAAGACGGCUUGGUUUGGGGCCGGAGAGUCUAAAGCAGACGAGCCCAUCGCCACAAGUCAACUUCAACGAUGAUAGCUCCCACAACAGAAACCUGGCUUCAUACGGACGCGCCGUUGUUGAUGGCGAUGCAACCAUCCGUCGGUCGCAGACAUAUCCAAUAUGGGUAGUCAAACCAUCUUUGCCACUGUCCAGAUCGCAAGCCGUUUGGCGGCACUUUAUAAUUUUCUUUCGAAAUUAUAUCAUCUGCGAUACAAUGCUAUCUUUAUUGCGGGCAUACGGAUCCGACACCAUAGGAUCUUUUUCUCCCGUACCAAAUGCUCUUUACCAAUUUUCACAUGAAAAUACGUUUGUCGUGUUUCCGAAAGUGGGCGGAGGCUUAACGGCCCCACGAUGGCUCGCAGAAUCGGCAGCUGUUAUCUGUGUGGCAAUAUGUGUCUGGUUGGCUUUGAGUAUGGCGUAUCAUUUCUUGGCAACGAUAGCUGUAGGGACUGGCUUGUAUGAGGCGGAAGCGUGGGAAGUGGAUUUGUUCGACAAUCCAUUAGCAGCAGAUAGUUUGCUAGAUUUCUGGGGACGUCGAUGGCAUCAGUUCUUUAGACAUCAGUUUAUGAUGCUGUCCACUCUCAUUUUAAGGGCUCUCGACCUACCUGUCUCUUCACCUUUUAUUGUUUUUCUUUCCUUCUUCUUCUCCGGCGCAAUGCACGCACUUGGUCAGUACCUCAUGGAUCCCGUACCCGCUCUUCUCCCGAUUUUUGCCCUUUUCCCCUUGUCAGGUUUCGGCUGUGCGCUCGAGGUGAUGUUCAAGCGCAUCACAGGCAGAAAAGUUAAGGGUUUCUGGGGCAGAGUGUGGGCUUGGGCAUGGAUGUUGAGUACCGGAAGGUGGGCGGCUAACGCAUGGUUCGAAAGUGGUGUUGGGGGAAGCUACCUCUGCCCAGCAUACAUAGGAGACUGGCUGAGUCCAUGGGUGCAGGAAUGGAUCAUUGAGAGAAAAGCAUGAUGUUGACAGUAGUGAUGGUGAUAUACGUAUGUGCCGGCUCGCAGUUGUAGAGUUGUUGCUCUUGCCACAUGAUGAUCAUGA